AUGAAAGAGGCCACGGUUAAUCCAGACUUAUCAGUCACUAUUCAUGACAAUGUGCCGUUACCUGGUCCAUCACCGACUCAAGUAUUAAUCAGAAUUGUAUGUUCUGGCUUUAACCCCAAGGAUUGGAAAGAGCCGUACUUUCAUAAGAUUGAAAGUAACUCUGGAGAUGAUAUGGCUGGCUACGUGGAAAGUGUCGGUAAAGAUGUGGUUGGCUUCCAAGUUGUUGGUGACAAAGUAGCUGCUUUUCACACCAUGCGGACUUUGGGUGGCUCCUUUGCGGAAUUCGGACUUGCAGAGAGCAGCACUACUUUUCUGAUACCAGCGCAUGUGUCAUUCGAGGAAGCUUCAACAAUCCCUCUCUGCGCCUACACUGCCGCUGUAGCUCUAUUUGCUCGACUUAAACUCCCUAUGCAAUGGGCUCCCCCAAAUAAACCGACGCCCCUUAUUAUAUAUGGAGCAUCAUCAGCCGUGGGUGCAUUUGCUAUUAAGUUGGCGCGACAUGCUGGUAUUUAUCCAAUCAUAGCUGUGGCUGGAUCGGGCCAGGCAUAUGUAGAAACACUGCUUAACAGAUCGCGAGGUGAUUCCAUUGUCGAUUAUCGAAAUGGCAACAUCCUUCAAGACAUUCGAAGUGCUUUGGAUGCUGCGGGUACCUCGGACGUUUACCACGCCAUAGAUGCGAUAUGCGAGAAUGAUAGCCACCUCGUUGUUUCCCGUGCCCUAUCAACUGGAGGAAGCAUUGCACUUAUAAACCCAGGGAUGGAUUAUUCCGACAUACGAAAUGAUAUUAAUAAAGGCAUUAUCUAUGUGGGAGUUGUCAACGGAAAUUUUGAGGACGAUAAGCGGCUUGCAGGGAUGGAGAAAAGUGACCCUAUCCCACACCGACGCGAUUUCGGCUUGGUCUGGUCAACGCUCUUCAGCCGUGGACUUUCUGAUGGCUGGCUUACUGCCCAUCCUUAUGAGUUGGUGCCAGGAGGCUUGGAGGGAGUUUCAACAGCGUUAAAUAAUCUGAAGGCUGGAAAGGUGAGCGCGAAAAAGUACGUUGUGAGAAUCGCCGAAAAUUGA